UCAAAAAAAUAAUCUGGCCACCCUGACAUAACGGGAGCAAAGAGAAGUCUCUGCAUGGGAGGAAUCAAAAAAAGAACAGCAGCCAGCAAGCGCAACGAAAUUGUUUUCAUUUAAGUUGGCGGUCUUACCAGUUUUUCCGACUUUUAAAGCCCUCCCCCAAAAAUUGCAGUAAAAAUGCGUAAAAGAUCGAUGUCUGUUUUCACCCCAAGGGACGACAAUUGCCUAUCACGUAAAUUCGAGGGAGUUGCGUCCGACAACGAUCUACCAUCAGAGUCCGAUAAUGAAAUUGACACGGAAAUUCAUCUCAGCGACACAAACGUGAAUGCUGCCACGAACGAUGCAGAUUGGACUAAAGCCGAGUACCAAGAAAUGGUUGCAAAAAUAAAGGAAGUGAUGCCGAAAAAGGAUGUUCGCAAAUGGAAGACUACCUUGGAAGCGUUAGACUGGAAGCAGGUGGUAGUUGGCAAACGCACCGCCGACGAAGUCGAGCGAGUGGCUAAGGAAGUCAUCGGUAAAACGAGACGUUUCCGGAUACUGAGUGAGAUGCUCGAUGAAGUGGCAGAUGUGGUGAACAAAUUGAUGAGCGCUGAACGACCGAAACCUCCGCUGACGGCAUACAGCCUGUUCGUGAAGGAGAAGCUGCCACAUCUGCGUGAGGAACACAGAGACCUGAAGGUUCAGCAAAUAUUCAAACUCAUUCCAGAGCAGUUUAAGUUACUGUCGGCAAAAAAGAGGAAACGGUAUGAAAAUGAAGCAGCCAAGUUGAAGGAAGAUUAUCAUCAUCGAAUGGAAAAGUUUUACAUACAGCAUCCUGAUCUGUCUCCUAAGAAGGGUUGGAAACCGCGUAAGGAACCGCUGAAAACUCCUUUCCAUCUGUUCUACCAGAAGCGGCGGGAGGUUUCCUCGAAUAUAUCGUUCCAGCAGGCCCGAAAGGAAUGGGAAUCGCUUUCAGUAAAGGACAAAGUAGUCUACAUCCAAAAAUCGUUCGAGGUUCAAGGCAAUACCGACCUGAAGUUGGUAAACAAGAAAGAGUUGGAAAUGCUCGGCCAAUCACUUGGGAAACCGGAAUUCUGUGGACGCAACGUGUAUGAGUUCUUCCGGCGAAAGAUGAAAAAAACUUUCUCCGGCAAAGAACAUGCCGCCAAAAUAUCCGCGGAUUAUAAAAAUAUGAAUCCACAAGAGCUGGAGGCGCUCAAGCAAGAGUACCAACAAGCUCGAACAGCAUUCGUCAAACAGUAUCAAGAGUACAUUAAGAAGCUUCCAAAGGAUAAACAGCAAGUCGAAUUGGAUUUCCUUAUGACUAUUACGGAGAAAAAGACGAAGGUCAAGGCUGAGAAAUCAAACGCAGCUACGGAGGAAGAUCCUUAUCUUGAAUCCCCGGACUACCCACCAGCUGCGGAGUCAACAACCAUCAAAAAACGACCGGCAAAAAGCAGCAAAGUAGCCCCUAUUAAGGAGGAACACAAAUCGGAUCACUCAGAUACCGAUUCGUUUGAGCCUUCAUCAUCUGCCAGAAAAAAGACAUCCAAAUCAACUGUAACUCCAUCGCCGGCGGCCGCGUCUGUUGCUUCCCCAAAAAAGCGAAAGCAACAAACCGCCACCAAACCGAAGCUCAACCCACCGCCAUCGUCCGAUUCCUCUUCGGAUGAACAGGAAACGGUUGUACAAUCGCCAGCAAAGGGCAAAGCUGCCGCCGCCACCACACCAGUGACUAACAGUAACGGAAGAAAGAGAACAUCGUCUGAGGAACCGCAAACCAUGGUGAAGAAAUCCAAAAAGGCACAGGUUAAAAAGGAAGCGGAACCUUCUGCCCCAGUGGAGCCGGAGAAACCACCGCGAGAUGCCGAAGAGUUCUAUCGGCAGCACAUAUACAAGGGCAAAUUGGGCAAACACAAAGAAUCCUAUGAUAAUCUGUCUUCGUCGAAGAAACGUGACAUUAUCGAGCAGCUGAAAGCUGCCCAGAAGCAGUACAUCAUCGAUUUCGAGGUGUACCUGAAAUCGCUACCCAAGGAUCAGAUCCGAAAGUAUAUCCAGGAUAAAGUGAACACAAUACGAAAGGCUGAACAAUCGGAAGAUUCCGAUGAUGAGGAGGAUGAUGAUGAAGAAAGUAGUUCGGAAGAGGAGGAAGAUGACUAGUUGUAGUGCCUAGUUUUGUCUUACAUUUAAUGCCAACUGUAAAUGCUUGAUUUAGCGCAAUGUUCAAAUUGUGCCAGAUAGAUUUAGUUAUUUAGAACAUUAUUCUUUUCAUACUUUAUUUGACUCGUUGUAUUUUUACGUUUGAAGUUAAGUUACAGGAAGUAAAUGUUUGUGUUCACCAUCUAAA